AUGGAAGAAAAUGGGAUGAAGGAGUGGGAAUAUGAUGAUGAAGAGAUGAGUAAUAAUAAUAUUUAUGAUGAUAAGGGAAUUAGGGGUAAUAUGAUAUUGAGGUUAGGGAAGAAAGUAGUGAUUGCAGGUGUUGUGAUGUCAUCAUUACCUGUAGUUGUUCCUCCUUUAAUUGUUAUGUCUGCUUUGGGCUGUGCCGUUUCUCUUCCCUUCGGCCUUGUCUUGGCCAGUUAUGCCGCCACUGAUGAGCUAAUGAGCAGACUUCUCGGAAGAGAUUAUAAUAUUGCUAUCGAUGAAUAUGAUGAUUAUACAGAAGAAGAUGAUGAAGAAGAAGAAGAAGAAGAAGAAAGGAUUGUUGAAAUGACAACAAUUGAAAUCCCAAACAAUGGUGUUGCUGUUGCAGCUCAAUUAAUAACAGUUGAUGAUAAUGAGAGCCAGGACAAGAAAUUCUCACAGGCAAGCAACAUUAUUUCUAAUGAGGAAGAUCAAAAUAUUAAUUAUGAUGAGGUGAUGGGUGAAAAUAAAGGAGAUUAUCAAAAUGCACAACUGCUGGAGCAAACUAGCCUUGAGUUUGAGAGGACACCAAUAAGCCAGAACAAGAAAGACUCACAGGCAAGCAACAUUUCUAAUGAAGCUGAAACCAAGAGGAAGAGGAGACAGGGUAAAAGAAAUAAUAAUAAUAAGACUUCAAAGUCGGCCACGAAGAGGACCGAAACAGAUGAUGAUAAAAAAUCUGGACUCGUAUUUUCAACAGGAAAUAUUGAAAGCUCAAUAAAGACAGAGCGUAAACUCCAGGACACAAAGGAGAAGGAUGUUUCAGUUCGUGAUGCAAGCAAUGUGAUGAAUGACGAGAUAUCGACAAGUGAAAUUGCUAUAGACGUGCCUUUAAAAGAUGGAGGAAAUGGCAAUCAGUCUGAAACGAUAGCGUCUGUAGUUGAGUUGAAAAAUGACAAAGGAAUAAUGGAGCUUAAAGAGGAAAAAGAUGCUAGUGCUCUGGAUAGUGCUUCACAUUCUAGUGAGGAAGGGUUGUUAGGUGAAGAGGUGAUCUGGAAGAAAAUGAAUGCAAUUAGAGCGAUAGUUGGUUACAAGGCUCCGAAAAGAGAUUCGUAUGUUGAGGAGCUCAAGGCUUUAUAUUUAUUCACAGGAAUUGAGCCACCUUCUGAUUCGGCCGAGUUCCACCAUAAGCUGUCCUUUCUUAUGUCUGUAAUUGGUUUGAAAUAGUCACUAACUAUUUUCUGUAGUGGCUAUGCAAAUGGCUUUUGCUCAUCUGUUGUUGUUUGUUUGUUUUAUCAAUUUGACUAAGAAUAGGGACUUAUAUGUUUAUCCGACUGCAUUGUUCGUUUGAUGCUCUGUUCAGUUGAAAUGAUCUUAUGAUCCUUCCC